CCCCCUCUCAGGAGGGAUCAGAGUGCGCACAGCGUCCUGGAGGCGUUCGGCAUGGCUCCGCAGUGCGCGUCGCUCCUGAGAGCGGGGCUUGUGUUGCUGGUGGCAGCUCAAGUCCUGCCGUCGGCGUGCGGCUGCAACGAGGCCUUCUACGAGAGGAUGAUCAACGAUCUCUGCUCGGCCAAGUUCAAAUUCGACAUGGGCGGGCUGGACCGAGGCCUGUGGUGCAGCUGGCCGGACACCACGGAGAUCUACGAGGCGCUGACGAACUGCACCUACCAGCUGGCCCCGAAGGUGGACUGCUUCUGGCCCAAUCACAUCGUGGACCGCUUCUUCAUGCACAUCCACCGGAUCUACUUCCACGACUGCUCUCCGACCGGCCGGCUCCUCCACGACCCGCCGACCGGCAUCCUCGCCCCGUUCAUCGGCGUGCCGGUGCUGGUCACGCUGCUCGUGACCGCCCUGGUGGUGUGGAGGAGUAAGCGCACAGAGGGGGUGUUAUAGAGCCUUAUAGGGGGCUCGCAUCUUGUGUGUGUGGGUCGACUCAUGUGGACUCAAUGGGGGAGCAGAAGAUGUGGAGGUGAUGUGUUGUUGGUUUGUUGUCUCGCAAUUGUGUGAUGACCACGUUGGUAUGCAUAGCCGAUGGGAAAACAGCCGAAUUUAAUACAACAAUUUGUUAUAAAUGCUCAAUUUGGUCAGAAAUAGAGAGUGUCCAAGUGUGGGAGAAGUAAUGACGGUGUUUGGAGGCCAAACAGUUCAUUACCAUCUGUUGUCAUGACGCUGAAAAAGAACCUGAAAGCACAUUAUUAACUGACGAUAAGGAGAAACCCACGACCUGGAUAAACUAUUGUUAUGCAUUUGAUGAGAGAAGGAAGGAGCAGAGAACAUAUUUUGAUUAAAGAAGAUUUUUGGGACAAAGAAGUGAAA